UUCCUCCUUCACUUUGUCUGCGUCUGUGUGGACUUCAUGACACAGAGAAACCAACCCAGAGACCAUCUGAUCCUGGAAAUGUUCUUCCGGGGCGACUACACGGUGGAGGUGGCCAUCAACGACUACCUGGACAUCUACUGUCCGCACUACGAGGUGGCGGAGCCCGCCGAGCGCAUGGAGCACUACGUGUUGUACAUGGUGAACUACGACGGCUACACGAGCUGCGACCACCACAGGAAGGGCUUCAAACGCUGGGAGUGCAACCGGCCCCAGAGCCCCAACGGGCCCCUCAAGUUCUCCGAGAAGUUCCAGCUCUUCACGCCCUUCAGCCUGGGCUUCGAGUUCAGGCCCGGACACGAGUACUACUACAUCUCGUCUCCACAUCCAAACCUGGCUGGGAAACCCUGUCUGAAGCUCAAAAUCUACGUCAAGCCAACCAAUGACUCUGUGUACGAGUCUCCGGAGCCCUUCCUGACAGACGACACCACCGGCGGCUGCGGCUUCGCUCUGCCCCGCCUCUCCUUGCUGUCCGCCAUGUUGCUCGUCCUCCUCCUCAUCCUCGCCUCCUCAUAGCACCCCCUGCUCUUCGUCCUCCUCUUCCUCCAGUGGGACAGAACGCCGUCCUCCCGUCACUCUGAGGAGAAACAACCAACCUGAGGCAGGAAACUAAUCCAGCUGCGUCUCGCCUGAACACAGCUCAGCCUAUCAGAGGAGGCUGAGGUCACUGGUGGGAGGAGCCUGGAGCUGGAUGUGGAGUCUCUGUAAUGCACGUUUCUGCUCUGACAGAUCCGCUGUGGGUGACAUGUAGAGACUCCAUUGACUCAUGUUAAAUAGACAUGAUGCAGGUUUUAACGCUGGAUAAACGUCCUGCUGCUUCUUUACUGCCACAUGUUUUAAUUCUGCUGCCAAAAUCAUGCCUGAGGUUCAGUACAGAUGCCAAAACUGUACUUUGGAGUAUAAAUCCAUUUUUCUAUCCAACCCUUUUUUAUUCAACAAAUAAAACUUAAAGGGCCACACCAGCGGUUCAAACUUCCAAAA